CCCUCGCCGCCGCCGCCGCCGCAGCCGCAGCCGCAGCGUCCCACCUCACCACCGCUCGACGCAGCCAUCCUUCGCCGCCAUGGGCCGGAUGUACAGCAGCGGGAAGGGCAUGUCCUGCUCGGUGCUGCCCUACAGGCGGGCCGCCCCGAGCUGGGUCAAGACGUCCGCGUCGGAGGUGGAGGAGAUGAUCGUGCGGGCCGCCAAGAAGGGCCAGCUCCCCUCGCAGAUCGGCGCGGUGCUCCGCGACGCCCACGCCGUCCCCCUCGCCCGGGGCGUCACCGGCGGCAAGAUCCUCCGCGUGCUCAAGUCCCGCGGCCUGGCCCCGGAGGUGCCCGAGGACCUCUACUCCCUCAUCAAGAAGGCCGUGGCGAUGAGGAGGCACCUGGAGAGGAACAGGAAGGACAGGGACACCAAGUUCCGCCUCAUCCUCGUAGAGAGCAGGGUGCACCGCCUCGCCCGCUACUACCGCCUCAACAAGAAGAUCCCCGCCUCCUGGAAGUACGACUCCACCACCGCGAGCACCCUCGUGGCCUGAGGAGGUGGAAGCGUGAAGGUUUUGCCCCCCCCCCUCCCCUCAAGCUUCUGUUCUUCUCGACAGCCAUGGAAUUCUCUUUGAUCUUAAGUAGGAAAGGAAUGCUUGUAGUGAUGCAAGGUGUUAAAUCUACAUUGUGCACCUGAAGAGAAGUUGCUUACUGAGAUUUGUCAGUUUUUUUGUUUGCCCGAAAGUAAGAUUAUUCACAGUGAUUUGUAGUUUAGUUUAGCUUUGUGUUUGGAUGAUGCUUUCCAAAGAUGUGUGAUGAUAUGAUCAUGGAAAAUGCAUUACUUUUCAAAAUGUGGUACUUCAAGUGAUGUAUGAUGCAUGAUCAGGUUUUCGAAAUGAAGUACUUUUUUUCAUUUUGUCAGGUUUGACAUGGAUAAU